CCGUUUCACACGUACUAUUCGGCGUUGGUGCUUUUCCUAUGUCUAAAUGGAUUACGGGUUCAUACAUGGAUUAAUAAUACACGAUCGGCACGUAACAAAAUGGCGACGGGCAACACGAACCCACUUGCGGGUCUCAUUUCUCUGGUUGGAGACGUCAGAAAAACCUUCCUUACAAGCAUGAAUUCAAUGGAAAACUUCGCUUCAAAAUCAGAUGACUCUCUUCCCUGUGUUGAAUCUUUCCAUCACACUAUCAAAUAACCAUUGGAUUAUGUUGUUCCUCCAGACACUUGAUUCCGAAGGACAAGGACAUUUCGAUGCAAUGAACCUAAUGAUUAAAUUUAGGAUUUCACAGGUGAUUCAGUUAGUUGAGGAAUUAUGGGGAAUUCAGCAGAGCGCCUUCUCAGGCGCUGAAGUUACAGCAACAACGCGGAGAAGGCAUGAACGAUUUUCUCGCACGCAUUCACCAAGCUGCAAGUGUCGUUACAACAUAAUCCAUUCGACGCGUUUCGAAAAAGUAAUGAAAAUUCAGUGCCUGAUAGCUGGAAUUAUAGAUGACGGAUCAAGAGAAAAACUUUUAUUCCAGGAAGAAGAAGACUCUUUCUUGGAAAACGUCUUGCAACACUGUUCAAGAGAGGGAACAUCUGAAAAUGAAGUUGUCCACUUUCAACCCAGUCCAGUCUGCAGAAACUGAACAAACUAACCUGAUCUUUUUCCUCUGAGAAUAUUGUGCGGAAUUUUGUGGACUACCAGUGUCCGCACUUGCGUACGAAGUGCGGUAAAGUUAAAUAAUUGGCUCGUGUGUACCGUUUCAACUAAAUCGUUGAACGAAAAGGGUGAGUCAUGUGAUUCACUGUUGAACUUGAUGAACCACGUAUUUGCGAACUGUUCAAACAUGACCAAAGUACCUCGG